AUUUCCUUCAUUUUAACGCAUCAUCAAAAAUUUUGCAGUUCUCUUCUGUGCUUCAUAAAAAGUGGAAUUUGGAGAAAAAUGUGCUAAAGUUCGAUACUCAAAUAUCAGUGUUGAAGAGUGCUUGCGGAUUUUCAUCGAAUAGUGGUGUUUUCGGAUUAAAAUGACGCAGUAUUUGCCACCAAACUUGCUGGCAUUGUUUGCCCCACGCGAGCCGAUCCCUUUUCUACCUCCAUCGGCAAAACUUCCCCAUGAGAAAAAAUCGCAGGGUUAUAGCGGUGUAGGAGCGUUUUUGGAUUUGUUCGAGGACCCAAAAGAUACUCCGCCACCGACACGGGUAGAAACACGCGAAGAACGGAUCGAACGCCGGCGCCGGGAACGAGCGGAACAGGUAGCCUACAAGCUAGAACGUGAAAUUGCCACCUGGGAUCCGACACAGAUGACCGGAGCUACGGAAGAUCCUUUUAAGACAUUGUUUGUAGCAAGAAUUAAUUAUGACACAUCGGAGUCGAAAUUACGACGUGAGUUUGAGAUGUAUGGCAACAUUAAGAAAAUUGUUGUGACUUUCGAUAAGGAAACCGGUAAACCAAGAGGAUACGCUUUUAUUGAGUAUGAACAUGAACGGGACAUGCAUUCCGCCUACAAGCAUGCUGAUGGUAAGAAAAUUGACGGUAAGCGUGUGCUGGUUGAUGUCGAGCGUGCCCGUACCGUAAAAGGCUGGCUUCCUAGGCGCCUCGGAGGAGGACUUGGCGGAACUCGCCGGGGUGGACCCGAUGUCAACAUCAAACAUUCCGGUCGUGAAGAUAACGAACGGGAACGCGAACGCUAUCGGCUGGAGCGGGAGCGAGAGGACGGUGCGAAUCGUGAACGACGGGAACCAAGGUUUGAGCCUAGAUUCGACCGUCGUCGCUCGCGCUCUCGGGAACGCGAUCGUCGCCGUCGCAGUCGGUCCAAGGAUCGUCGCAGAAGACACAGCCGUGAACGUGACCACGAGGAACCGGAACGUGAGAAACGUUGGGACAAAGAUCAGGAGCGCAAUAGGGAGAAAGAUCGUGAAAGGGAUCGUGACCGUGAUCGCGAUCGAGAGCGUGAUCGUGACCGCGAUCGUGAGCGGGAUAAGAAACGUAGGCGCAGUCGCAGCCGGUCACGGGAUCGAGAACGCGAUCGUUCCGAGAAGAAACGCGACAAGCGGGAUAAGGACCGAGAGCGGAAAGAACGCAAACCGGAGUUACGUGAGGGUGAUAUUAAAAUCAAGGAGGAACCGUUGGAUGAUUAUCCGGAUUACAGCACCCAGUACCCUCAAUACCCAGCGCAGAUUAAGAACGAAGAUGGCGAGGAAGAGAAAUAUCGCCCCAACGAGCAUGAGGAUGCAAAUGGGGCUGUCCGGGCGCGUGUCGGAGAAAAUGGCUCCCGUUUCAGCGCGGCACCGCCUCAGGAUAACGAUGCAUACAACGAUCGGUAUGGUGGCUACUAGUGAUGUCUUCGAAGAGUGUAUUCUAUUCCAGAAGAAAGAAAAAAACCCUUCGGGAGUAAUUGUAACAUUUUUAGUAAUACGCAGAUUGCAGCAAACCAUAAGCGGAUUCGUCCCCUUUUCUAGGUUAUGGUACUUCAACCCGUUUCAAAUUUUAACAUAUAUUUUACCCGGAACUACCAGACACAUGUAAAGGUUAAGUAUAAAUUAAAAACUGUCCGACAUGCGAUAGCAAUUCAAAUUCACUUUCUAGUUAUAUAAUUUUGAAAUUACAUAACUUCUCAGGUAAAGUAUAUCUUGUAAUUAUUGUUGUUGCAACAAUAUAAUAAAACUAGUUGAUUGGCACAAAUUUGAUACAAACAUAAAUGUGCUACUGGCUUCAACAACGCUUAAGGCAUGGAUCUUACAUUGUUUUAAGCAGAAGCGUUUCCUAUAAUUAGAUUUAGAACAAUUUUCUUUUCAACCUAGGAUGGACUUUUGUAUUCUGCGAAGUAAGUACUGACUAAAGAAGUGUCUUGAACGCAAA